CGGCGCGCGCCCUCCCCGCCUGGGCCCGCGCUGCCCAAUCCCGAGCGCGUGACGGCCCCCUCAGGGCGGCGGCGGCGGGACCCAGGGGAGCUGCGAGAGCCGCGGCCGGCGGGAGCUGUGGUGCGGCCGCUCCGCUCGGCGACCGGACAGCGGCGACGGCUCUGUUCUUAAGACAUUUUAGCCAUGACUAAGAGAGAAGCAGAAGAGCUGAUAGAAAUAGAAAUAGAUGGAACUGAAAAACAGGAAUGCACUGAAGUAAGCAUCGUUGAGCAAACCUUUACCACAGCAGAAUUUGUGAGUCAAGCAAUUGACAUCAAUGAACCAAUUGGAAAUCUUAGGAAGUUGCUGGAACCCAGACUGCAGUGUUCCUUGGAUACACAUGAAAUUUGCUUGCAAGAUAUCCAGCUGGACCCAGAUCGAAGUCUUUUUGAUCAAGGAGUAAAAACAGAUGGAACAGUACAACUCAGCGUGCAAGUAAUAUCUAGGCAAGGGUUAGAGCCCAAAUUAAACAUCCUUGAAAUUGUAAAGCCUGUGGAGACCGUGGAGGUAGUGAUUGAUCCAGAUGCUCAUCAUGGAGAGGCUGAAGCUCACCUUGUUGAGGAAGCUCAAGUGAUAACCUUGGAUGGAACAAAACAUAUUGCAACAAUUUCAGACGAAACCUCUGAACAAGUGACACGAUGGGCUGCAGCAUUGGAAGGCUACCGCAAGGAGCAGGAGCGCCUUGGAAUACCCUACGACCCUGUGCAGUGGUCAACAGACCAGGUGCUCCAUUGGGUGGUGUGGGUGAUGAAGGAGUUCAGUAUGACUGACAUUGACCUCAACGCACUCAGCAUUCCUGGGCGGGAGCUAUGUAGCCUCAGUCAGGAAGACUUCUUCCAGCGUGUCCCACGGGGAGAGAUCCUGUGGAGCCAUUUGGAGCUGCUUCGAAAAUAUGUGUUGGCUAGCCAAGAACACUCCGGAGAAAUAGCAACUGUUACUAUUGAUCAGCCUGUGCAGAUUAUUCCAGCAUCUGUACAGCCUGCUACCCCAACCACCAUUAAAGUAAUAAACAGCAGUGCAAAGGCAGCUAAAGUACAGAGAGCUCCAAGGAUCUCUGGGGAAGACAGAAGUUCCCCUGGGAACAGAACAGGAAACAAUGGCCAGAUCCAGUUGUGGCAGUUUUUGUUAGAACUUCUCACUGACAAAGAUGCUCGGGACUGUAUUUCUUGGGUUGGUGAUGAAGGAGAGUUUAAACUGAAUCAACCAGAACUGGUUGCACAAAAAUGGGGACAGCGCAAAAACAAACCCACUAUGAACUAUGAGAAGCUUAGUCGAGCUUUGAGGUAUUACUAUGAUGGAGACAUGAUCUGCAAAGUGCAAGGCAAGAGGUUUGUGUACAAAUUCGUCUGUGACUUGAAAACUCUUAUUGGAUACAGCGCAGGGGAGUUGAAUCGCUUGGUCACGGAAUGUGAGCAGAAGAAACUCGCCAAGAUGCAGCUCCAUGGCAUUGCACAGCCAGUUACAGCGGUGGCACUAGCUACAGCAUCCCUGCAAACAGAGAAAGACAAUUAAGCACUAGGAACUAAAAAGUGGAAACCUGAGGCCUUUCCUGUAUAACCAGAGCAGGUGCUGCUCUUAUCUUUGUCAGAAUUAGAAACUACUUUUGUUUCUUGGCAGUACAAAAAAAUAGAGCAUGAUUUUCUAUAAAGAAGUGGGACUUGCAUAAAUUUGGAUCCUUUAACAGCAUAUAUUUCAAUAUAAGUUAAGGGAUCACCACAGCUUCUGCAGCUUUAUGCCAGGGCCUCUAUGGUAUGCCAGCUGAAAUGGGUGAGGAAGGUUGAACUAGUCAGCGCUCUGUCCACAGCUGUACAAAGUAAUUCUUGCAGCACUUUUUACAAAAAUGGAGUACCUGCAGACAGCAGGCUGAUCAGUUGCGUUAACUCAGUCCUUUCCAGUCUUUUGUUCUCUGCUAAACUACCAAAUGACGUUCGAUACUUUCAAAGUUAAACAUGUUCAUUAUUUGCAUUUAAUCAAGCAGAACCAAAAGGCUCAUUAAAUGUUACAAAGCAUCGGGUUCUUAAAAUAUCUUCUGUGUUUAUAAGCAAGGGAAACUAAGAGUAGACAGAACUGGAGAUCAGUACUGAAGAAGGAGAUCCAGGUUUAGAUCUGGCUUAGGUGAAAAGCCAAUUGUGAGUAUUUCAUUGUAAUAUGUAGAUAACAUGCAUAUAUGAGGGCAACUACUUCCCUGUUUUGAAAAACACUGUUAAGGCUAGCCAUUUAGCAAAAAGUGAAGACAAACUUCUUCCCCACUGCCACCCCCAUCAAGUGAUUUGAAAACUUGAGAAAGUUGCCCUCACCCAAAGAGUAGUUUGGUUGGGGGGGGCAGUAAAUGCUCUGGUCUGCAAGGUGCUUAUACCUGCUCGGUAGUCAACCGUAGUAACUGAAGACUUCGUUAAUCACAGUCAGUAGUCCCUGUUUAGAAACAAAACGCAAGUUGGAAAUAGUUUUACAAAGAACUAAAGUUUGAUUUCCAAAUUAUUGUACAGUCUGACAUACAUUGAAAUAGAAAGGUGUGUGUUUUAUUUAACAUCAGUUUCUUUCUGAACUUCAAGUGGUGUUUUUGGAAGCUUCACAAGCCAAAUGCAUGCUUCAGAGCUGGGUGGAAUUUGAAGUCUGGAUGAUGAAUAGAAAUAGUUGGAAUGUAUCCUGAAUUCUGCACUACGGAGAGUACUUUGUGCAAACUUUCACAUGCAGUAAAAAGUAGGCUGCAGCUUUUGAGCUUCUGUACUGAUGCCUGUCAGACUGUUUCUUUUGGUGGCUGAAAAUGAUGUGAUUUUAGGUUUGGUUUUUGCCUCUUCAUGUUGUUAAACAUACUAUAUUAUGUAUUAUGUCGCCAAUGCAUUUUUUCCAACUUUCUGUAAGUAAACCCCCUCUGGUAACAAUUAAAAUGCAAAUGUAUAAAGGAAACCUUUUAAUUCUGUGAGGGAUCAAGCUACUCUUAAACCUUAUAUCAAAAGUGCUUGUACAGUUUGGUUCUAAACAAAAUGUGUUUAUACUGAGUAGUGAGAGCACUGGACUGUUGCUCUUGAUCUGGAAAGGACUGGUCAUGCUUGCAGGCAGAGGUCAAAG